AUGACCAAGCUUAACAAAGCCCGUUUGGACAAGCCUGCCCGCAAUGAUUACAAGCUGAAACCCGGCACUCGGACAUCCAAACGUAGCGUUGAAAAGCCUCCACCUCUGCUCAAAAUUACCGAUGACCUAGCUCGAGCUGCGGCCCUUGUGGCUGAACUGGAUGCAAGAAAUAAGUCAUCGAGUCAAUCUAAGCCAGUUGAGAAGAGAGCAGGGUCCUUCUGGCUCGGCAAUUUGGAUCACAAAGGCUCAGUCCCAUGGGGUGACGACAAAUCGUACCAGGUUUUCCGAAAUGUUAUAGACUACGGAGCUGAUCCUAGUGGUGCAAGCGACUCGACCAAAGCAAUCCAGAAAGCCAUCGACGACGGCAAGCGAUGUGGCGCCGGCUGUAACGGGUCAACGACCAAGAAUGCCAUAGUUUACUUCCCGCCUGGUAAAUAUCUAGUUUCCAGCUCCAUCGCCGUGUACUUUGGUACGCAGAUGAUUGGUGAUGCCCUUGAGCCACCGACAAUUCUUGCCGCAAAGAGCUUCAUCGGCCUCGGGGUCCUGUCGACAGACGUAUACGUCGACAACGGUGGUAGUGGCCCAGACGGGAAUGCUCUAGAGUGGUACGUCAAUACGGCUCGCUUUUACGGUCAGAUUCGCAACUUCAAGAUCGACAUCACUGCAACCAGGGCCAGUGCCUACGUUGCUGGAGUGCACUAUCAAGUUGCACAGGCCACGACCAUUGAGAACGUCGAGUUUAUUGCAGACUCCAGCACGACUCAGCAGGGGAUGUUUGCGGAAAACGGCAGUGGCGGUGUCAUGUCGGAUCUCACAUUUAUAGGCGGAAAUGUUGGAAUAUACGGUGGAAGUCAGCAGUUCAGUGCCGCCAGGAUUACCUUCAACGGUUGCAAUACUGCGGUGCAGCUUAUCUGGGACUGGGGCUGGGUUUGGAAGAGCAUCACAGUCAACAACGCCAAGGUGGGCUUCCGGCUUUAUAACGACGCAGCUAGCGGACAAGUCCCUGGAUCUGCAACAUUUGUGGACUCCACGUUUUCGAAUAUAAAGGAGGCUGCAAUCGAAAUGGCUACUCCCGCCGACAAAAGCGACUCUGGCUUUACAGGGCUGGUCCUGGAUAAUGUAAAUCUGGGAGGUCAAAUCAAGGACUACGGGAGCUCAAAGGAGAUACUCAAAGCUGGCUACUACAAGAAUUAUGUCAUUGGCACCGUGUACAAAAAAGGGCGAACAUGGACCGAGGGACCCAUGGAUUACACCCGAGAAAAAUCACUUCUGGGUGCAUCGGUCUCAGGCCUCGAGGUGGAUCCGUACUUCGAGAGACCGAGAAACCAGUAUACGGACAAGUCAGCGUCCGAUUUCGUCCACCUCAAAGACCUAGGCGCGAAAGGCGAUGGCAAGCAUGACGAUACCUCUGCCAUACAAAAGGCAUUCGACAAAUACGCAGACGGCAGCAAGAUCAUUUACGUCGACGCAGGAACCUACAUUAUUAAGAAGACUGUCACAAUCCCAGUUGGCGCAAAAAUCGUGGGCGAAACAUGGUCCCAGUUCGCUGCCCGCGGUGCCAACUUCGCAAAAUUCAAGGACCCCGUUCCCAUGCUCAGAGUUGGCAAGCCGGGGGACGUUGGCACAGUUGAGAUCCAGGACUUGAUCUUGACCACCGCCGGCCCGGCCCCGGGUGCCAUUAUGAUGGAAUGGAACAUCCAAGCAAAGAACGCCGGCGACGCAGCGUUAUGGGACGUCCACGAGGCAUCAGGAUACUUUGACAACUUUUGGGGCUGGGUUGCCGAUCACCAGAUCGACGACCCCGACCUCAAUGAUGCUCGCAACAACUUGACGCAGCUUUCUGUCUAUAGUGCUCGUGGCGUACUCAUCGAGAGCCAAAAGGCAACGUGGUUGUACGGAACAGCCUCGGAACAUAAUGUGUUCUACCAGUACAACUUCCACGGCGCCAGGAACAUCUUUACUACCUUCCUGCAGACUGAGUCCCCAUACUAUCAGCCAACGCCAAAGCCACCCGACCCGUUUAAGCCUGCCGUGGGCCAGUUUCCCGGCGACCCCGACUAUGCUUGCGGGGGAGGUGAUGCGAUCGGCUGUGAUGCCUCAUGGGCUGUCAUCAUGAAAAACUGUCAAAACGUGCACAUUGGUGCUGCCGGGACCUAUUCAUGGUUCACUACGUAUACGCAAGAAUGCGUGGAUACGAGAAGCUGUCAAAAGUCCCUGUGGCUCGUUGAUGACAACUACGACAACAAUCGCGUACAACAGCUCAUUACCAUUGGGGCACAGAACAUGAUUGUUAACAGCACCGGGGAGUCAAUCACAUCAGAGAGAAACCUGGCUGUUACAACUCAUCCAAAGUGGUCGCACAUCAGCUUGUAUGAAGUGCUAUCGAUUGGAGCCCCUCCGCCACCUCCGCCACCUCCGCCGCCGCCGCCGCCCCCAGAGGGAACAUGCGACAAGAAGGACUACUGGUACUACACGCCCGAUUGGACUCCAGGGUCCGUCGAGUACUUGAUAGGACUUACGUCGGCAGGCACAAAGCUUGACAAUUCCCGCAAUGCCAGCGAGAUUUAUCCAGCCUACGUCACGAUCGUUAAUCUCACGCCCUACAAGUUCGUUCACACCGGCGGUCCCACGCCAUACCAGUUUGCGAAAUGGGAUUUUGGAGACAUUCCUUCCGGCAAGUCGAGGGAGAAUCGAGGCGAUUACGACCAAACAGUGGGCACCUUUACCGACACGAAUGGAUACGCGAAUUAUCGCAUUGACGGCACAAAUAAGACCUUUGUAAUCCACAUGACAACCAACAUGGAUGAUCUGGAGUAUCAACAGCGAGUCUGGUUCGAUCUUCAGGGCAUGAACAUGGGCGCCAGGGAGUACGAAAUUCCGGGAAAGCAAGCACCCGUAACGCUCAUCAUUGCCGGGAGCGAGGAGUAUGGUUAUACCAGCUCUCUUGACUUCAGCAACUACGCUUGGAUGAGAAGCUUGUACGACGUUAUAAAGGAUCGUCAGCUGCGCCAUGUGGUUGUCCCGGGCUCACACGAUGCCGCCAUGAGUGAGAUAAGCACAAAAGGUUGGUGGAAUUGGGGUUCCUCGGACAACACGGAGACCCAGACCCUCGAUCUUUACAACCAGCUACGAGUUGGCGUGCGUUACUUUGACAUGCGCAUUGCGAGCGUUAAUGGUGGCGCGUUCUACGGUGCUCAUGUAGACAAGGAACUCAGUGAUAACCCCAAAGGGGCCACUGGCGCGUCUCUCGAUGAUCUGAUCGCCGGCGUGAACCGGUUUACCAACGACUAUCCAGGCGAAGUAGUCAUUUGGUGGAUCAGAUACAUGAUCGACCUCAGCGAUGACUCUGAUCGGUACUGGAGCAUUGCCAAGACGAAUGAAUUCUUCGACAAGCUCGAGAGCAUCCACAGUCGAUGCCCGCCGGAUAUGUCAAACUCUACUAGUUUUGACAAGUUGCGCAUGAAAACCUUUAUGGAUGCCAACAGCGGAAAAGGCUGCGUUCUUCUUCUCACAGAUGGCGCGCGGGACCCCGCUCUCGGUGACAAAGCUCCCAAAGACCGUCCCAGGUCAGGCAUUUAUUAUGCCCCGGAGUAUCUCAACCGCAAAGAUGUCUGGGCCGAAGAGGCGCUGCCUCGGGAUACUGCGCCAAAAGAGGUAGAGGCGCUCUCAAGCGUGACGCGAAAUGGCGCUGACACAGACAACAACGUGUACUACAUUAUGCAGUGGCAAUGCACGUCAUUCGGAAGCAUACAGAAGAUUGCGGUCCUGGAGUCGAACCCAUCGCUUUACCACUACGGCCUCAACUUUAUUACGCCCAUGAGAUUCCCGACGGUUAUUUUGCACGACUCGGUUGGCUUGUCCAAGAUCGACAAGAUCACGGAGAAAUACUAUGAUGCCACGAUGCAGACACUGGUCAUCGGAUUAAACCUCUACAUGGUCAGCCAGAAUUGCGACGUUAGUCCGGCCAAGAACCCGCUGGUCAAGAAGCCAUCGGCAUCGGGGUCUGCGGCGUCGAACACGCUGGGCGGCUUUCAAGGCAUCAUCUUUGCGAACGGCACAAGGCUUGACCAUAUACCGCCAGGUUUCACGGUGUAG